AUGGCAUCAACGGGAUCAACAGGGAGCACGAAGAAGGCCGUUCCCAAACCAGUCAUACCUUCAAAGUCGAAGGUCGCCAAAGAGAACCCUCGUCGAGCCGAAACCGCACGAAAGAUCCUCAAGCUCGAACUCGACGGGCACCUGUACCAAGACAUCACCGUCGAGCAGUUCGUCAUCAACGUCUGGGGCCUCGAUGAGGCUACUGUGAGAAGAGUGCUGGAUGCCAACAUUGGCCUUCACAAGAGCUAUUGGAGGCAUUACAAAGCUGUGUGCAACAAACCGUCUCAGUCACAACCAGAGCAACAUUUGCAUGAGCCUUUCCGGCACAUUUCGUCGCAUCUGCUCAAGGACGUAUGCGAGAAGCUUGGUCUCGACCCUAAGAAGACGAUAAAGGAUAUGUUCUGGGAUGGAGGAGGAAGCAAGAACAUGAAGAGCCGAUACGCGUAUGGGAGGCUUCGCAAGCCAGACCUGCUGCGAAUAUGGGGUCUUCGAGAUGGUCGGAAACGCCCGCGGUGGAGUGAAACGAAGAGUGCUCUGGAAUUCAAGGUAGAGGAGGCGAAAAGGAGGGCAAGGAAGAAUGCCAACGGCGGCUACACCUACGCUCUUCAGUCCAUCCAGGAAGGCGCGGAGAUCGCUGGAAUAGCAACGCCUCAGAACGGAGCUUCAUCCUCCUUCGCAACGAGCUCGCGCGGUACUGGGAGCGGAUCCCGGGCUCAGUCCUUCUCCACGCCUCUGACCUCCUAUGCCGACCUUUCUACAACAUUCAAUAGCUCGACGUCUGGCAAGCGGCUCUUCGAUGAGGUUGACGGUGGGGAUGCCGAUGAUAGUGCCAAUCCGCCAAAGCGAGCCAAGGUCGCCGCCGAUGAUGGUGACGAGGAGGAAGACGAAGACGAAGACGAAGACGAAGACGAAGACAAAGACGAAGACGAAGACGAAGACGAAGACGAGUACAAGAAGCCUGAGAUUGAGGUCAAGAAUGGCGAGAUCCAGCUGGCGACCUAUGCACUCGAGUGUCUCGGUGACUCGAGCCGUCACUACACGACAGGAAUCUUCAUCGACAGCACGUCCGUGAAUCUGUGGUAUUACGAUCGCUCCGCCGUCAUCCGAGCCUCCAAGUUCCAAUUCAACGCCGAAGAGAACAACUACGGCACUAAGCUACUCGCUGUCGCUCUCUUCGCUCUCAGCCAGGCGACAAUGAAGCAAAGCGGCUUUGACCCGUUCGUCCACAGGUUCAUAGAACCCAAGAAUGGCGUUGUACUACAAGAGCACCACAUCAAGGCCAUCACCAUCCCUCUCAGUAUACGGUCGAAGACGUGCUUCCGGUUCAGCAAGAACGGCGAGGAUUUAAUCUUCGUCGUUGACAAAGUGCUGUACACAUACUCGUCCAUCAUCGGCCGUGGCACCUACGUCGCGAGCGGGAAGCGGGCUUCAAUUGGCUCUCCCCUCGGCGAGAUCUCUAAUGUGCUCAAGCUCAGCUGGCAGUUACAGGUCCGGCAUGCGGAAGCCGAGCUGCUCAGGAGGAUCCGUGGUCGACUGCCUGACUACUGGCACAGACACCUUCCGGCGGUCCGGUUCAGCGCGGUUUACAAGCCGGAGGAGCUGGGGUUGCCACGGAGCAAGCUGAAGGAGGUGCUGAAGCCGACGAGGAAGGAGAUACAGGAGCGGGACCUCCACGUCCUGGUCACUGAUCUUUACCACAAGCUCCACGAGGCCGCCGAUGUCGAAGAGUUCAAGCAAAUCUUCCUUGACUGCUUCGAGUGUCACUAUCACACUUACAUGACGGGCCGGGUGUUGCAUCGGGAUAUCAGCGAGAACAACUUGAUGUUCGCUGACCCGAAAGAGGUGACGGCCCCUACUGGGGCAACCGACUGGCCUUCGUCGAGGUGGGGUAUCCUCAACGACUUUGAUCUGGGUUCCGAGAUCGAAGCAGACGGCAACGUUCAGUCAAGCAAUGCCAAUCAUCGCACUGGUACACUCCCUUACAUGGCCACCGACCUUAUCAGCCAACCUGUCCCACGGAACCCUCACGUCCAGUACGUGCCGCCUUCUCACUACUAUCGCCACGACCUCGAAUCCUUCUUCUAUAUCCUCGUAUUCGCGUCGACUCGGUACACAUUCGAUAAGGGAAAGUGCUUGCCUGUUCCGGCAUGUCUUGCCGCCUGGAGCAACAGCGACACGGCAUACGAUAGCAAAUGUGGGUUCUUCGCCCCCAUUGGUCUCCAGCGCGUCAAUGCCGUCAUAUUGGACCACUUCACUGGCUUGUGGAAUGAGUGGAUCUACCCGCUGUACCGCAUGUUCCGAUUGGCACUGAAUAAUACUCCAUCUCCGCAAGAUCCGGAAUAUAAGGAGUACGACUUUGUGACCUUGGAGGGUCAGGUCACUUUUAAGAAGUUUAUGGAGGCAAUCAAGGUGAAACCCCGCAACUCAGACGGUGAGCGAGCUGCAUAG